CGUCCUUUCUCUCUGUGGAUCGUUUGAAGGGGGUCGUCCUGGGGAAAGUUUGAUGCCGGCAAUAUCGUCAGAAGAUAGCGAUAGAAGAUACAUUGCUUUCAUUUACCAUCAUUGGAUGUCAAGUAUAUCCAAGUGUUAAUAAGUUAAAAACAGAUUUACCGCACUAAGUCAUAUAAUUAUGGGCACAGUGAUACUCUUCGUGAAGCUCACAUUGCUGCUGACAAUGGCACAAGCUCAGCAGUACAAACUGGUGUGUUACUUUUCCAACUGGAGUCAGUACAGAGCGUUCCCCUUCCGGUACUUCCCGGAUGAUAUCGAUCCUAAUCUCUGUACUCACAUCAACUACGCCUUCGCCAGGCUGGCAGGAAACGCCAUCAUACCAUAUGAGUGGAACGACGAGAGCACGCCGUGGUCUGUAGGUCAUUACGAGAAAGUGAUGAAUUUAAAACAACAAAACCCGAAUUUAAAGAUUUUACUGGCGUUGGGCGGCUGGAACCACGGAUCGGGUCGCUUCUCAACCAUGGUGGCUACAGAUGAAAACAUCCGGGAGUUUACUCAAAACAGUAUAACGUUUUUAAGAAGGCUUGGGUUUGAUGGAAUCGACAUUGAUUGGGAGUACCCGGGGUCGCGUGAGGGGUCAAAUCCGGCCACUGAUAAACAGCGUUAUACUGUUCUUAUUAAGACGAUGUUAGAAGCAUACAUAAAAGAAGCUAUAGACUCCGGAAGGGAAAGAUUGUUGUUGGCAGCCGCUGUCGCCGCUGGGAAGGACAAUAUAGACAGAGGUUACGACUUCACCGCACUCGCACAGUAUUUGGAUUUUGUGAACGUCAUGUCAUAUGAUUUUCAUGGACAGUGGGAUGAUUAUGUCGGGUUAAAUGCGCCUCUCUACGCCCGCAGAGACGAGCAAGGAAACCGACUGUACCUUAAUCAGAACUGGACGAUAAAUUACUACAUUGAUAACGGCGUUCCUCGCGAGAAGAUUAUCAUGGGCAUGGCGACAUUCGGCCGAUCCUUCACGCUACAGAGCUCACUAAGGAACCGCAUUGGGGACGUGGCCAUCAGGGGCGGUACCAAGGGGCAGUACACCCGGGAGACAGGAUACCUGGCGUAUUAUGAGAUCUGCCAAAACUUAAACCAGGAUGUAGCUUCUGAGAGAUGGACGAGAGAGUGGGAUGACCAACAGUUUAGCCCUUUCGCGUACUGGAGGAACCAAUGGGUCGGCUAUGACGACAGAGAGAGUCUCGCUAUUAAGACAAACUACAUCGUUGCAAAUGAGCUAGGCGGAGCUAUGGUUUGGGAACUAGCGUCUGAUGAUUUUGAUGGCGUCUGCAACGAAGGCAGAUAUCCACUUAUACGGACCAUCAAAACUACUUUGGAGGGUGCCUCCUUGCCAACAACAACCAUAACGACACCAAGAACGACACCCCGUACGACAACCAGCACGACACCCAGACCCACAUUCCGUACGACACCCAGAACCACACCUCGUACGACACCCAGAACCACACCCCGCACGACACCCAGACCCACACUCCGUACGACACCUAGAACCACACCCCGUACGACACCCAGAACAACACCUCGUACGACACCUAGAACCACACCCCGCACGACACCUAAAACCACACAGCGUACGACACCCAGAACCACACCCCGAACGACACCCAGAACCACACCCCGCACGACACCCAGAACCACACCCCGUACGACACCCAGAACCACACCCCGUACGACACCUAGAACAACUCCCAGAACGAGUCCGAGAACUACUUCAAGAACCAUUCCAACAACAACCACCAGGACGACACCCAGGACGACACCUAAAGCCACUCCCAGAACUACUCCAAGGACAACCCCCAGAACAGUUCCCACAACAACCACCAGGACGACACCCAGGACGACACCUAAAACCACUCCCAGAACUACUCCAAGGACAACCCCCAGAACAGUUCCCACAACAACUCCGACACCAAGAACGACGCCCACAACAACUCCCAGAACAACUCCCAGAACAACUCCCAGAACCACGUUUACAAGGACUACAUCAAAGCUCACACCAAAGACUACCUUUAUUCCACCAUUUUGGACCACAACCAAACCAACUCCGUCAAAGCCAAAGACAACACAAAAUUCAGCACCUGUCUACGCAAAACGUCGCUCAGACGUCGUUCAGAACUUUUAUAAGAUUUGCGAGCCUGGGAAUCUAAUCGUUGAGUAUAACCCUGACUGUAGCAGUUACGUGGCAUGUGUUUUCUGGAAGCUUCACUACAUCAUGCCCUGCCCGGCGGGUCUCUAUUACAACACGGCGGGCUUUUGCGACUGGCCUGGUAACGUACCAGAAUGUAACUACUGAAUGGAACUUCCUCGGUAUCACGUGACCGAUGGUACCAGAUGUGUGGAAGGAAGUAAAACUCUAUUUUCAAAAUAUAAA